AUGGUUAUGUUGCUAUUUAUGCGCAAACACACGCCGGAUAAAUUGUGCGUUAAAAUGGACAUGGAAGAGCUGUCAUUAAUUAUUAUGUCGGAAUAUGACAAUGUGUACCAAUUUUAUAAUAUGAAGGACCAAUUGGUGGCCAACAGUCUGCCAUACAAUGCCAACAAUCACCAUCAUCACUAUAACAAACUGUAUACGUCAAUAACCGGGGGAACAGAUAGGGUUAGUACACAGUUCCUCAUGACUGCCCGACCCCGAAAUUAA